AUGACACCGAGAAUGUUAUCAAUAUGUACAGUUCAGAUAGAGGUGCUGAUAGUUGUUCUGUCUGGUAUUAGUGGUUUCAAUACACCAUGGAUUGGUCUGUAUUGGUCGUCAAAUGUGGAUAUGGUUAAUGAUGGUAAAGGAUGUCCAAAAGUUGUAUUGAGUGCUAGUUAUCAUUGGAAAUCAGCGGACGAAGGAAACUAUAAAUCGGAUGAAAUGUGUUACAGAGAAAACAGUGGGUUAGAAAAUAAACCGUGUAAAGAUGAAAAACCAUUCAUUUGUGAAACGUAUAAAGAAAAUGGUUGUCAGAUGAGUAUCUCAAAUAUAACCGUAUUCGAUUUUAAAACACUUAACCAGCCAACCGUAACUAAUUGUGCUACUUUGUGUAACGACACAGACGGCUGUUUCUUAACUGGGGCCAUGGAUUCAACUUCCUGUGGAAUGCUGCUUACACCAGAUGUUGCUAAUGUUUCCGUGGCCGUUAAAACUUGCUCAUAUGUUUUUAUUGAAUUUAAAUUUGAUCAUAAUAUUAUUCCCGACAAAACACGUGAAAUAGCUCUAUCAGUUGGUAAAACACAUUUUGAAACUAUAACCUUACCUAUAACCUUGGCUACUCUGUGUAUUUUUUUCCUAGAUAUUAAAAUUAAUGAAACGAAAUCCUCUUUUGAAGUGGACCGUGGCGACCCAACCGACUGCACAGCUGUCCAAGACAAUCAAAGGUUUUCUUACAGCUUCCAAAAAUCAUAA